GUAACCUUGUUAUGGAUGAAUGGAUUUCACUUAAGGAUAAAGGGGACUUUGAUAUAGAAGCGGUGGAUCAAGCACGAGUCUGGAAGACUUAUAACAAAUUUAUGGGUGAACAAAAACUAACUUCUUUUCCGGUAGAUAAGUGUCAGAAUCUCAAAAGUGAGUGCACCACUUUACACAAAAUGAAAAGUGGUGAUGCUCUAGGGCUAGUCAAUUUCAAACUUUUGAAAGCUUGGAAUACGUUUUGUGACAUACAAGAUAGUCAAGGCAACAAAACCGAUAGUUCUUCCAGUCAAUUGGUUCUAGACCUGGAAGAACUACGCACCACCCUACAACUUCCCGCAGAAGUUGAAAAUAGAUUAAUUUUGAAACGAUUAGAUAAAGAUAUGAAAGUAUCCUUAGCGUCACCAAAAGCUACUACUAUGGCAACGAAGGCACGACAAAGUAAAGCAGGCACACAAACUAACUACAAGGGGAAAGGUAAAAAGGGAAGUAAACAAGU